GGUGUCUGUCCUCUGUUCCAUGGGGUAUGGUUCUAUAAGAAAGAGACCGCUGUCCCUGGUGAGGGAAGCUGCCUGUCGUAGUAAGGUAUGAUGAGGGGCUCCACAGUGUAACGCAGCAGAGGGUCCAGUAGCCGAGGCCAGGACGGAGCAGGCCAAGCGUCAUAGCACUGGAGCAGCUUAGGCUUCGGGCCGCUGAGCCCCCAUCCGGUCUGUGAAGAUCACCAUUAAGAAGAAUUCCAGAAACAAUGGUAAACACAGUGUGCGCGAAGAUGGCUCGGAUCCUGAGACUACAUCUAACAAAUGCUUCCUUGAUUCCUCCUGGGGUAAAACUGCUUUCAGAUCCUGGAUCUAGGAUGAUAUCAACACAUAAACCCAAGGAGCUCAGCGAAUAUUACAGGCUGCUGAAUCUGAAUGAAGGAUGCUCUGCGGACAACAUCAGGGAGGCUUUUCAUAGGCUUGCCAAGCAGUACCACCCAGACAGCGGCUCUGCCGACGCUGAUUCUGCAACAUUCAUAAAGAUUGAAGAGGCUUAUAGGAAUGUGCUGUCCCACGUGAUAAAACAGAUGCAAGCCAGACAGAAUAAGGCGGAAGAUGCAGAAGAAGAAGCAGAAAAAUUCAAAUAUAAUACACCUCAGCACCGACAUUACUUAAGCUUCGAAGGCGUUGGCUUUGGGACUCCAAGUCAGCGAGAGAAACAAUACAGACAGUUUAGGGCAGACCGUGCGACCGAGCAGGUGAUGGAAUAUCAGAGGCAGAAGCUUCAGAGGGAGUACUUCGCCAACAGCAUAACUGUCAAAGACGUGUGGCAGAGCAAACAACAGAAGAUAACCCAAGCCAUGGACCGCCUGGUGGAGGAUCUCAUCCAGGAGUCCAUGGCCAAAGGAGACUUCGACAAUCUCAGCGGGAAAGGAAAACCCCUGAAGAAGUUUUCUGGCUGUUCGUAUAUUGAUCCCAUGACUCACAACCUGAACCGCAUAUUGAUAGAUAACGGAUACCAACCAGAGUGGAUUCUGAUGCAGAAGGAAAUUAAGGACACCAUCGAGCAACUUCGAGAAGGUCUUUUGGUGUCGAGGAAGAAGCUUGGGAGCCCUCUGUCACCAGUAGGGCAGAAACAAUGGACCCACGUGUGUGAGCAGUUCCAAGAAGACAUACGGAAGCUAAACAAGCGAAUUAGUGAUUUCAACUUGAUUGUUCCCAUUCUGACCAGGCAGAAAGUCCAUUUUGACGCACAGAAAGAAAUUACCAGAGUCCAAGAAAUAUACAGGGCCUUCAUAGAAGCAAAAGAAGUCGCAGAAGACAAACAAACUGACAUUAGCCAGGGAGAGGAAGAGAAAACGCCCAGCAUCAAGGCAGGCUUUCUAAACUGGCUGAAUCUGUGGAAAUUUAUUAAAAUAUGACUGUUUUGACAUUCA